AUGAAGCGGGCCACAGCUCUUCUCGGCGCCCUUUGCAAUCUCUCAGAGCAAAGCACAGUGCCUCCUGGAGCUGGCCUAGCUGGUCCAGCAUUCCCAGCGCCGUCUUCUCUCCAUGGAAGUGACACGCUGAAAACAGCAGUGCACAAGUUCGAAAAGUCGAUCGCGGGCGCACCAGUUAUCCAAGCCAACGAGACCGCAUGGACCGUGGCCGUCUUCUCGACUAGCGAAGAAGAGCCUCUGUACGAAAUAUACUUUACACCAGACUACAAUGUCGGUGUCUCCCAAGUCGACAGGGACUCGGUGUUCCGGAUCGCGAGCGUGUCCAAGGUUUUCAGCGUAUGGACGUUUCUCAUGGAGGUGGGGGAUGAGCACUUCAGUGACCCUAUCACGAAAUAUGUUCCUGAGCUAGCUGCAUUGUCGGACACUUUAGAGUCGGGGACAGUGUACGACGACAUUGACAACGUUCGCUGGGCCGAGGUCACGCUUGGGCAACUUGCGAGCCACCUGGCUGGCAUUCCACGUGAUCCCUCUCAGACCGACUUUUCAGCUGGACUGCUUCCUCAACAGGGCGAGGCACUUGGACUACCACCCCUUGAAGCUAGCGAGAUCCCCGUGUGUGGCGUCACAGGGGUGCUGCGACCGUGCAGCCGUAGCGAAAUGAUCUCGCAACUUCUCAAACAGCAUCCCAUUUUCCCCAGUGGUCACUCUCCUGCGUACACCAAUGUCGCCUACACUCUGCUCGGAUACGCCCAAGAAGCCAUCACCGGCAGGACCGCAGGCGAAGCAAUCACCACAAACAUCUUCUCUGCUCUCAACAUGACCUCAAGCAGCUUUGCAUCCAAGCCAAGCUCCGGGGGAGUCAUUCCCGGCGACGAGUCGGCCGUCGGCUGGGACUGGGACCUGGGACCUUCCAGCCCGUCCGGUUCCAUAUACUGCUCAACUGCCGACAUGGUCAAAGCUGGACGCGCCAUUCUUGGGUCGAAGACGUUGACACCCGCGCAGACGCGCAGGUGGUUGAAGCCGAUGAGCCAGACCGGCGUUCUCGGGUCAGCAGUUGGUGCGCCGUGGGAGAUCCGGCAUCUCAUGCUCGGUCAGCGUCUGUCACAGCUAUACACGAAGCAGGGUGACAUUGGUGGCUACCGUGCGGCAUUGAUCCUUGCGCCUGAGCAUGAGAUGGGAGCUGUCGUACUGUCUGCUGGGCCAACCGAGUCCAACUCUGCUGCCGUCAGAGAGACCCUGAUGAACGCGGUAGGCCGGGUGUUUCUCCCGAUGGCUGAGGAGCAGGCCCGCCGAGAGGCGCGGGACAACUUCGCGGCGACUUUCACGGACAAAGCCUCCAACAGCUCUGUCACAGUACAUGUAGACAAGGAUACGCCUGGGCUCAUGGUGAAGAGUCUGAUCUCGCGAGGUGUCGAGGUCAUCGGCCCAUCUAGCCCUUUCCUCCAGAUAUACGGUGCCGGAGAAUCCGCCCGCCUCUUUCCAACCCUCUUGAAGACGGUACGCAAGAGAAGCGCUGGCAGUGGGACAUUUAUAUCACGCCUAGGCUUCCGGGCCAGCUUCUUCAAUGCUACAGGAGACAUGAAGGAGGUUCAGGAUCCUGGCCUGAUGCAAUGGACGUCUCUCGGCGCACCGACGUAUGGUGCAACGACGCUGGACGACUGGGUGUUUGAAAUGGGAGAGGACGGAAGAGCCGAGGCAUUGGAUGUGAGGAUGUUGAGGUUGAAGUUGGUGCGCGAAGCGGGCGGAAUUUGA